UUGUAUUGCUGAUGAUUAGUUAUGAUCAUGGGAAUCAUUAAAGGGGUAGAAACAAAAUACAAUGUUUGCAAAGAAUCACUCUGGCUAAUCUCUGCAGCCGGGUCAAGUACAACGUGAUAUUUUUACACGAGUGCUUGAACAUGUCUGGAAAAGGGAAAGGCAAGGGUCAUCUAAUCCAUCACAAGAACCGCAGAACACGCUCUCAAAUGGCCGGCGUUCAAUUUCCUGUUGGAAGAUUACAUCGAAUGUUGAAGAAAGGUCAUUAUGCAGACCGCAUUGGAAGCGGAGCUCCUGUUUACUUAGCUGCCGUGCUGGAAUAUCUAACUGCGGAAAUACUAGAACUUGCUGGUAACGCUGCUCGAGAUAACAAGCGAAUCAGAAUUGUGCCGAGACAUUUAUCACUCGCAAUACGUAACGAUGAAGAACUAAAUGAUCUUUUAAAAGGUGUGACCAUAGCCGAAGGCGGUGUGCUGCCAAACAUUCAAUCUGCUUUGCUACCAAAGAAAUCCAUGAAAUCAUCUUCGAAAGAUGGAAGUCAAAGCCAAGCCUACUAGCUUUUUUUAUUUAUUUGGUAUGUACAUAGUGUGUAGAUGAAUCUUGAAUUUUAGUGAAUGUUACACAAAUCUUUCUGUUUAUAAUACUUCAGUCGCUACUUUUUUCCAAAUAAUUAUUUACACAAAUCUUUCUGUUCAUGAUACUUCAGUCGCUACUUUUUCCUAAAUAUGUAUUCCACUUGUAAAAAAUACGUGUAACAGUAAAAAUAAAAA